CAGGUGCAGGUGCCGCUGCCGCUGGGCCCGGAGAGGCUGCGCACGCUGAGGGCAUGGGGAGCGCGGCGUCCGGGCUGCAGGAGGACAGGCGCAGGACGUGAGGCUGGCGUCCCGGCUUCUUAACGCGCUGGCUCCGGGCAUGAGCGGUCGGCGGGAGCAGGAGCGCUCCUGAGAUAGGAUGACGCUCGGGGCUGGCGGGCGGUAGUACUAUGAUUUGGUAUGUGGCCACUUUGAUAGCAAGUGUGAUCAGCACCAGAGGUCUGGCCGCUCAAGUCGCCCACGGACUGCGCGAGGAGCCUGAGUUCGUGACUGCGCGCGCCGGCGAGAGCGUGGUCCUGAGAUGCGACGUGAUCCACCCGGUGACUGGGCAGCCCCCGCCCUAUGUUGUGGAGUGGUUCAAGUUCGGGGUCCCCAUUCCCAUCUUCAUCAAGUUUGGCUACUAUCCUCCACAUGUGGACCCUGAGUAUGCAGGCCGAGCAAGUCUUCAUGAUAAAGCAUCUCUGCGGCUGGAUCAGGUUCGCUCUGAGGACCAGGGUUGGUACGAGUGCAAAGUGCUCAUGCUGGACCAGCAGUAUGACACCUUCCACAAUGGCAGCUGGGUCCAUCUCACCAUCAAUGCUCCUCCCACCUUUACAGAAACACCCCCCCAGUAUAUUGAGGCCAAGGAGGGUAGCAGCAUUACCAUGACCUGCAUAGCUUUUGGGAACCCCAAGCCCAUUGUCACCUGGCUCAAGGAGGGGACACUCCUAGGUGCUAGUGGGAAAUACCAGGUGAGUGAUGGGAGCCUGACCGUGUCGGCAGUCAGUCGGGAAGACAGAGGGGCGUACACCUGCCGAGCAUACAGCAUACAGGGGGAGGCCGUCCACACCACCCACCUCCUUGUCCAAGGGCCUCCUUUCAUAGUUUCCCCUCCUGAGAAUAUCACUGUCAACAUAUCCCAGGAUGCUCUGCUCACCUGCCGGGCAGAGGCGUAUCCUGGCAACCUCACCUACACCUGGUACUGGCAGGAUGAGAACGUCUACUUCCAGAAUGACCUGAAGCUACGGGUACGGAUCCUGAUAGAUGGGACCCUGAUCAUCUUCCGGGUGAAGCCAGAGGAUGCAGGGAAGUACACCUGUGUCCCCAGCAACAGUCUGGGGCGCUCACCCUCAGCCUCAGCCUACCUGACAGUGCAGUACCCAGCCCGUGUCCUCAACAUGCCACCUGUUAUUUACGUGCCCGUGGGAAUUCAUGGCUAUAUCCGCUGUCCUGUGGAUGCAGAGCCGCCAGCCACCAUGGUCAAGUGGAACAAGGACGGCCGCCCCCUACAGAUUGAGAAGAACCUGGGCUGGACCUUAAUGGAGGAUGGCUCCAUUCGCAUUGAGGAGGCCACAGAGGAGGCUCUUGGCACUUAUACCUGUGUGCCUUACAAUACUCUGGGGACCAUGGGCCAGUCUGCUCCUGCACGGCUUGUCCUGAAGGAUCCCCCAUAUUUUACGGUGCUACCGGGCUGGGAGUAUAGGCAGGAGGCUGGUCGGGAACUCCUCAUCCCCUGUGCGGCCGCAGGAGACCCCUUCCCCAUCAUCACAUGGAGAAAGGUAGGGAAGCCCAGCAGAAGCAAGCACAACGCCCUGCCCAGUGGCGGUCUCCAGUUCCGAGCACUGAGCAAGGAAGACCACGGAGAGUGGGAGUGUGUCGCUACCAAUGUGGUCACCAGCAUCACUGCCAGUACCCACCUCACGGUCAUAGGCACGAGCCCUCACGCCCCGGGCAGUGUCCGGGCCCAGGCCUCCAUGACAGCUGCCAACGUGUCCUGGGAGCCCGGCUAUGAUGGAGGAUAUGAGCAGACAUUCUCAGUUUGGAUGAAGCGGGCACAGUUUGGGCCCCAUGACUGGCUGUCCUUGCCAGUGCCACCGGGACCCAACUGGUUGCUGGUGGACACUUUGGAGCCUGAGACAGCAUACCAGUUCAGUGUCCUGGCCCAGAACAAGCUGGGGACGAGCGCCUUCAGUGAGGUGGUCACUGUGAACACUUUAGCAUUCCCCGUCACAACUCCAGAACCUCUGGUGCUGGUCACUCCACCGAGGUGCCUCAUAGCCAACCGGACCCAGCAGGGUGUGCUCUUGUCCUGGCUCCCUCCUGCCAACCACAGCUUCCCCAUUGACCGCUACAUCAUGGAGUUCCGUGUGGGGGAGCGCUGGGAGACACUGGACGACGUCAUCCCAGGCACUGAGGGGGAGUUCUUUGCCAAGGACCUGUCGCAGGAUACCUGGUAUGAGUUCCGGGUUCUGGCUGUCAUGCAGGAUCUGAUCAGCGAGCCCAGCAACGUGGCCGGCGUGUCCAGCACAGAUAUCUUCCCACAGCCGGACCUGACUGAGGAGGGGCUGGCUCGACCCGUGCUGGCUGGAAUUGUGGCUACCAUCUGCUUCCUGGCAGCGGCCAUCCUCUUCAGCACCUUAGCCGCCUGCUUCGUCAACAAACAGCGCAAGCGUAAGCUCAAGCGCAAAAAAGAUCCCCCACUCUCCAUAACUCACUGCAGGAAGAGCCUGGAGUCCCCCCUGUCCUCGGGCAAGGUGAGCCCUGAGAGCAUCCGUACACUCCGUGCCCCAUCAGAAUCCUCAGAUGACCAGGGCCAGCCAGCAGCCAAAAGGGUGCUGAGCCCCACACGAGAGAAGGAGCUGUCGCUAUAUAAGAAGACCAAGAGGGCCAUCAGCAGCAAGAAGUACAGUGUGGCCAAGGCUGAGGCGGAGGCUGAGGCCACCACACCCAUUGAGCUGAUCAGCAGGGGUCCCGACGGGCGCUUUGUGAUGGACCCCUCGGAGAUGGAGCCCUCACUGAAGAGCAGACGCAUUGAGGGCUUCCCCUUUGCCGAGGAGACUGACAUGUAUCCCGAGUUCCGCCAGUCCGAUGAGGAGAAUGACGACCCGCUGGUGCCCACCUCUGUGGCUGCCCUGAAGUCCCAGCUGACCCCGAUGUCGUCCAGCCAGGAGUCCUAUCUGCCACCACCAGCAUACAGCCCUCGAUUCCAGCCCCGGGGACUGGAGGGCCCCAGUGGCCUGGAAGGGCGGCUCCAGGCCACGGGCCAAGCCCGGCCACCGGCGCCCCGACCCUUCCAUCAUGGCCAGUAUUAUGGGUACCUCAGCAGCAGCAGCCCCGGGGAGGUGGAGCCGCCGCCCUUCUACAUGCCGGAAGUGGGCAGCCCCUUGAGCUCUGUCAUGUCUUCCCCGCCCCUGCACACUGAGGGUCCUUUUGGCCACCCCACCAUCCCUGAGGAAAAUGGAGAGAAUGCAUCCAACAGCACGCUGCCCUUGACUCAGACACCAACGGGUGGGCGCUCCCCUGAGCCCUGGGGCCGGCCAGAGUUCCCCUUUGGGGGGCUGGAGACCCCGGCCAUGAUGUUUCCUCACCAGCUGCACCCCUGCGAUGUAGCUGAGAGUCUGCAAUCCCAGGCCUGUCUCCCCCGAGGACUGCCCCCUGCCUCCCUACAGGUGCCUGCGGCCUACCCAGGCAUCCUGUCUCUGGAGGCACCAAAGAGUUGGGCAGGCAAGUCUCCAGGCAGGGGCCCAGCCCCCGUGCCCACCGCCACCAAAUGGCAGGACAAGCCUAUGCAACCUCUGGUGAGCCAAGGGCAGCUCAGACACACCAGCCAAGGCAUGGGCAUACCGGUGUUGCCUUACCCUGAGCCGGCUGAGCCGGGGGGGCGGGCCGGCCCCAGCACCUUCGGCCUGGACACCCGGUGGUACGAGCCCCAGCCCCGGCCCCGGCCCAGCCCCCGGCAGGCCCGGCGAGCCGAGCCCAGUUUACAUCAAGUGGUGCUACAGCCCUCGCGGCUCUCACCUCUGACCCAAAGUCCUCUGAGCUCCCGCACGGGCUCCCCUGAGCUGGCUGCCCGGGCCCGGCCACGUCCAGGCCUCCUGCAGCAGGCAGAGAUGUCCGAGAUCACCCUGCAGCCACCGGCCGCCGUCAGCUUCUCCCGCAAGUCCACGCCGUCCACAGGCUCCCCGUCUCAGAGCAGCCGCAGUGGCAGCCCCAGCUACCAGCCUGCCAUGGGCUUCACCACACUGGCCACAGGCUAUCCCUCCCCGCCACCAGGCCCUCCAGGGCCUGGGGACAGCUUGGAUGUGUUUGGACAGACACCUUCCCUUCGCAGAACAGGGGAGGAGCUGCUCAGACCAGAGCCCCCCCCACCGACAUUACCUACUUCAGGAACACAUUCACCUGCCCCUGCGAAUGCUGCUGCACCUGAGAGGCUGGAGGCGCUGAAAUACCAACGGAUAAAGAAGCCCAAAAAGUCAUCCAAGGGCUCUUCGAAGUCAAAGAAACGAUCCGACGGUUCUGCCUCCCAGGCUCAGCAGCUUUCAAACUCUCAGGUUCUGUGGCCCGAUGAAGCUGUCUGCCUCCGAAAGAAGAAGAGACACUCUCGCCCUGAUCCCUUUGCCCGCCUCUCCGACCUGUGCCACCGCCAGCUUCCAGAAGACCAGACAGCGAUUCUUAACAGCGUGGACCAUGACGACCCAGGCCAUGCCACUCUGCUGUGACUGUUCCCAGGGCAGAAUGCGGGGUGGAAGGGCAAAGAGAGGGGCAUGAUGAAGGCUGCGUGAGGAAAAGGAAGACGUGGUGUGUGGUGACAUGUCCUCCUCUACAAGUGAGGGGCUGCCCUGGCCUUAGUUCUGAGGAUGGCGCAGAUCCUGGUCUGCAUGGUCUCUGCCCUGUUGAAGUGGUGUUCCCCUCCAGGUCUAGGCCAGCUGGCCUUGUUCAUGGAUGAUGGCUGGGGUAACCCCGGGGGCCUUGGGCAGAGGUUGGGAAGUGAACUGGGGAUGGGGAGAUCUGCCCUCUUCACCAGAUUGAUUUUUUCCUCUCUUCAAAUAUCUUUGCAAGUGAAGAAGAGAAAAGCAGUGGCUUUUAUUGCUCUUUGCUUCUGUUUCAGUGUUUCAAGUCCUGGACGAGGGCUGGACUUCCAGCUCCUCUUCCAAACUCUACACAUAUAUAGAUAUAGACGCAAGUGCGUAUGUCCUUAGUAUGUGGGUUUCUCUAUGGAUAUGUAUAUGUACAUUGAAGCAAAGUGCUGUUUAUUUCUGUGGUGACUGGCAGAAGGAGAAUGAGCCCACAGACACUUAGGGUUGUAAGUAGGCUAGCAGCAAGCUGGCAGGGGUGCCCUGCUGCCUGUCUCGGGUGUCAUUCCUUCUGAAAGAGGAUUCAUGCCUUUUUAGCUGAGUUAGCCUUUGUCUCUCUACUUUCUCCCAUCCAGAGCAGGCAUGGAGUCUUGCCAUGACUACCAGCAGAGUUAACUUUUGUCUCUCUACUUUCUCCCAUCUAGACAGGCAUGGGGUCUUGCCGUGACUACCAGCUGCCGGCUUUGGGGCUCAGCAGUGAGUUAGCACAGAACUAUACACAAGGCUUCCUUUCUUGGUUCCCGGGUGGCCUGGAAAAGGGACAGGCCGGCAUUGUUCUUCCUUCCAGUUUGGCUCAGGCUAUAGAAGCUGCUUAGCAGUAGGGCAGAGAGGCAGGCCUCCAGGGGCACAAGCUUAGCUCCCUCGUCAAUCUUCUUGGUCCAGUCAGGGCUAGAGCCACCUGUGCUGAGUACCAAGCUGCUGUGGCUUUAUUUAUAGCUGCCUCUGGAGUCUGUUCCAAAAUGGCUGAUGGGCUUUCCUUCCCUUUCAUGGGAACCAACCCCCAGAUUGGUUAACUGCCACCAUGCAGAGGCCUCACCCCCUGUGGGCUCCUUCUAGGCCCUCCAAGUUGUUUGUAAUCCUUCUCUGCCCUGGAGCCUUCCUCCACCCCAGGUCCCAAACUUCAAUAGGAUGGGAUCAAUGACACCAGGGUGCUUCAGAUUCCUGGGUUCUGAGGGCACCUUGGAUACCCUUCUUUCUGCAGUUCAAUUUAUGUGGAACUGGCUGAGGCAUGGGAAUGAAGACGGAAGCAGAGGGCUGGUAGGGCCAGGGCUAUGAUUCUUCCUCUUCCAAAAUCUUAUUUCAAACUAUAAGCUCCAGCAACUUCUGUAGAGCCCUCUCACAGUUAAUAAAAAUGAAUCUCUUCCAGUAAGAUACAGGUGCUGCCCAGGAGGAGGAGAGAGGCCAGGGGUCAGUGGAAGGGUGCAUUUGCCAUCUCUUCCCCUCUUCUUGGGCAGGAACCUGGCCUUGUAGCUAAAAUUGAGGUGGCUACUAGCUUCCUUAAAGUAUUUCCUCUUGGUGCUGCUGUCUUGGUGGGUUUGGGGACGUCUGCCUCUUCUCAUUGCUUGCUUGGACUUGAGCCAAGUUUGUGAGCAGUUUGAAUCUACCAGGCACUCCUUGGAAACCAUAUGGGGCAGUUCUACUCUGUCCUGUAGAGUCCUGUAGGGUUGCCAUGAGCAGGAAUCGACUCGAUGGCAACGAGUUUUUUUUUUUUUUUGGUUUGGUGAGCAGUGAAAGCCCUGGGAGGUUUCUCCUAGUCUCUCUGCAGCUGCCAAUGACUAGCCCAAAGACCUCGUCAGGAGGGCCUCUGAGCCUGGAUAUGGACCCUUUCCUGGGCGUUCAGCUUAGAGGUCAGUUCUGUCUCUGCCAGAUAGGCCUGGGGCUUCCUCUCUCUCACCCACUGAGCUGGGACCAGUGCCGCCCCUGAGAUUCAGCAGGUCACACAACCAUGGUUCUCUUCUAAAUGAGGCAUGUUGUGGUGGAGGCGUGACAAGGAGUAGAGUUUCUGGCCCUCAUCUUGUGGAUGGCCCUGUAACUCUGGGACUGGGCCUUUAGGAUGUUGCUCCUCCCCUAAGGUGUCCACAACCAUGAGAAGUGAGGUUGGGUCUUUCCAGAGGCACUACCACUUCUGCCACUGUGCCACAUCACGUUAUUCAGUUGAGCGUCUCUGUGGGCUGUUGGGACCAGCCCUGCCUGAAAUACUGUGGGGCUAGGAUCUCAUGCUGAGUCCAUUUGUAGCCACUGAUGGCUUGUGCUUUCCUGACCAGGGGAAAAUCAGAUCCCAGGAUGCAAUAUGAAUGUGGAACAUCAGGCAGUUGGACACCAGGACGAAUUAGGCCAAACUUUCCUGGAAGUCCAAGCCUGAGGCUAGACCCAAAGGAAAAGAGGGGGUGGAAAGCAUGUUUCCUUACGAGAUUCUCUAGGGCUGUGGGCGAGGUGCUGCAGACUGUGGCAGUGUUCCCUGGGAGUCCCAAUGAGCUGUCUUCAUGCUAACAAAGGUGCUGACUCCCUCCUUCUUUCUUCCCUCUGGCAGGGCCCCUUACCUCAGCACAUCAGACCAAACGUUUGGAGCUGUGCUUUCUGCUGGCCACUGGGUGGCAGCUGUGCUGUGGCAUCCCCAAGACUAGGGAGGAGACAUUGCUCUCUCACUGGCCUUGACUUCAUUUUUCCUUCCAAGAGGGCUUCCUUCUUGUGGCAGUGUCCUUGAAGGCCAGCAGCCUUCCUGCACACCUAGGAGCUGCUUUAGUGCCUCUGUUAAGGACUGUGAUGAGAACUGGCAGGAUGUGAUCCCCUCUCAAUGUGAUGGGGUAAGACUUCACAGGCACACCCCUCAGUGCUGUGUGCGCACCUGUGAAGGUGUGGUUGGGAGUGUGUGCGUAACGGGGUAUACUGCUUUCUAGGGAUCAGGCGUCCUUUGCGCUGUUACGCUCCCUAAGACUUCCAUGCCCCACUAUUUGGGAGAGCAGAUGUAUCUUCCAAACCUCCCCUGUUCCGGCCGGCAGCCUUGCUGGAGGUAAUCAGAUGAAGAUCUAGCCCUGUGCUUCAGAUUUCUGUCCGCCCCUUCCUUCUGCCUCUGGACCUGAAGCUGCGGCUGCCUCAGUGCCACGUGGCCACAGACCAGGAAAAGGGUAAAGGGGUCCUGAACGGCCUCAGGCUGAAAGCUCUGAGCGGGACUGGCGACUGCCGAUGUUUGGGGAAAGAAAAUAAUGAGGAGGAGGCAACCCUGUUCAUAGAAUCGCAGACCACACUGAGUCGCGUUCGUUUUAUGCUUGAACUGUGUGGAUAGGCCAGCCUGGGGGUCCCUGCCUGCUGACCACCUUGGCCCCCUGGUGCUUUCCUCAAGAGACUGGGGGAAGGAGAGGCCUUUUGAGCUGCCACUUUCUUGGCAGGAAGGCUGCCUUCCCCACAAGGGUUAACGGGCUUGUGAGGAGGGAACUGUGUCCCAUGGUCACUCUUGGAGGGAGGGAGGUUCAGCAGGGUGGAUUGGGUGAGUAAUUACUAAUAUUUUUCAUGCUUUCUGUCUUUGGUUUUGACUUGUGAUCUAAAACACCGGGGGUUGAACUGAUUUCAGUUAUUUACUCUUAUGCCCUUCUCAUGGGGAAGAAAACGGGCAGGGUUCAGCUGAGGAAUUUCUUGACUUUUUAGUUUUUGUUUUGGUAAGAUUGAAAAAACAGUAGCUUCUCCAGGGAAGAAACAGACUUAACAGACUCUUUGCCACCCCCCGGAUUUGAAUCCAGGGCUGAAAUGUAUGUAGCUAGAGCCGUUUCUUCCAAUUUUGUUAGAAAAAGCCUUUGGGGUAUUGGGGUGGGCUGGGGGAAGAAUUGUACAUAAAGGACAUUUUAUACAUAUGUAAAGAAACUUGGGGAAAGAAAAGCUAAUGGCUAAUCUUGGGCUUGCUUUGCUUGCAUGUCAGGAGCUUUGGGCACUGCAAGGACUGGGGGCAGUCAGAAGGAGGCCGAGGGCAGGAAGGUGGCAGCUCCAAAGCACAUGCCCUCACUGCUCCCUCUGGAAGCCCCAGCUCUGUCUGCACCUUCUCCAAAACAGAGCAAGGGAUGCCCCGGUAGGAUGGAGGAGUGAAGUCCCCUUGUGGCUGUGUUUGUUGCUUUAGUGAGAGGGCUUAGGAGGUGUCUAGUGUUCAGCUGUAGAUUGAAUGAGGUCAUUAGUGGGACCGGGGUGUUUUGGGAGGGGUGGUGGAGAAUUGGAGCAUGGAGAAGAGGUGACAUUCUUUUGCUUGGUGUAUAUAGGCUUUAAGGGACAUAGAGUGUUAGGCCAGCCAUGGAGCAGGGACCAGGGACCCUGGAAUAUGGUAGUAAGAUUAAAACCAGGGCCAUCAAGCCUUGCCAUUCUCUUUGGAGAUUGUGAUAACUGAGUUACCACUAAGGGUACAAGUACAAGACGUGGGAUUAUCCCAAGAAAAGAGAGGGGUGAUUGCCCUGGAGUGGGGCCAGACUGGGGAAUGGUAGCAGUGAAGAUCACUUGGGGGAGUGGAGGUUGGAGGUGACAUAGUCAUUGAAAAAAGAUAGUGGGGGUGAAAUCUUGGCACAUAGGCCCAGAUGGGAUCUUGGCAGAAAUCUUGCUUUUUAGCUACACCUCCUUGCUUCUUCUAGAAUUAGCCUGUAACACUAAGUGCCCAAACUGAACACGGGCAUCUUCUGUGUCAUACAUAUCAGUGUUAUCCAUUUUCUUUUUUGGGCUCCUCAAGCCUAAUUUAGGAGACUUGUCUUGAGAUCCCCAUCUUAUUACCAGCUCUUUGUCAGUGGAGUAGGGAGACUUGUUCUGUGAGCUUCCUGUGUGGCGUCUCAUAAGCAGAAGUGGCUGGCUUCCCUUUCCUUUUCCACUGAGAAUGUUGGUUAGACAUGGGUGGUGGCAGUGGAGAGGAGGGAUUGGGGCUUGGCUUCCGAUUUAUCAACCUUUCUUCUUUAGGUAGAUGAGCUUGCUUCAGGCUUUAUACCUAGCAGUUUUGCCCUCACCUUCUCCUCUUUUGAUCGCUUAAAGCCACACCAGUCUUUAGUUGAGGUAAGAGGGUGAAAGAGUUUCACCUUGAAGUUGGAGACCAGCCAUUCAUCUGUUCUUAAUGCCUCCAACACUGCCUCCUUUCAGAUCAAGAGGCAGAAUUAAAAAUCUCUUCUUUAGAAGAAGUGAAUAAACCAAGAAUCAAAGCCCAGAUUGGACUUUGCCACUCUUAUCAACCUGAUGUUUGGUUAGGGGUACCCACUACCACCACUUCCACUGACUGGUAGUUGAUCUACACUGGACCAAUGUUUCAUUUCCCUCUGUCUAUACUUUCCAAUAAAAUGUAAUUUGAGCAAAUAUCCCUACCAAAUGUUUGAGUGUUGGGCUGCUGAGAGGGUAGAAGAGUUUUCAUGACCUCAUUUUAAGCUGACAGAAUAAUUCCUAAUAGGCUGAGUCAAGUCCAAAGACAUCUCCAUUCCCUUAAGGGUUUCUGUGUAGGAUAAGAGAAGAUUAAGCAUUAGUGCAGAUAUUAUUAAUUAAUGCUUGCCAUAGCUUAUAGAAGGAAGAAGCAGGUUGUCUUGAGAUUGCUGAAUACUUUGGUAGAACAGUAACUAGUAAUUUAAAUCACUUGUUCUUUUCUUUGGUGGGUCAGUAGUUAUAGUAAGGGUUUUUGAAGAGGGCCGUUGAAAUAGUUGUUAGCUUUGGACCACUGGCUUGGAGAGCUAGAUUGGGGGAUUGAAGUAAAUUGGUACGAACUCCCUGUUUCUGUCCCUGAUCCUUUGGUUAUCUACCUUUCCCAUCCCACUAGAUGCUGAUAUAAAUGACCAUCUGGGCUUGUUUUUCUUCCAGGACUUGGAGAAAUGUACUCUACCAUUCCCAUGUCUCCUUGGGUUUCCUGAAUUUCCUGGAUUUAUUGUAGGAACUAGGAUAAGUUUUCCCCCUGCAUCCUCAUAUAUACACUGAUUAGGCUUCCUUUCCUUCCUCACCCCAUUUCUUUAUGGCUCCAGGGAUCUUGAACUUGU